UUCGUGACAAUUUUUAUCGAUCAAUCUAUGCUGUGAAUUCGGAGGGAGGGAGGGAUGUCUGGAAUCUUUAGAUGGAAGAAGCUCGCAAAGGAAACGGCGACAAGAACUGGCCGAUUCGUAGCCCUGUCCGAGUCUCAGUCGAAGAACUACCGCUUCUCCCAGAAAUCGCCUAUCACCACUCGGUUCAACUACUUCCACGUCGGCUCCUACCGUCGCAGGGAAUUGCUCAUCGGCUUCCACCUCCAGGAGCGCCACAAAUGGGAGGGUAGCUCCGAUGAUUUCCAGACCCGCAAGAUUCGAGCUGAGGCCAAUUGCCCUCGUUGCUCCAAGCAGAUGGACCUGCUCUUCUCCAAUCGCCACCCCUCCACCUCUUCUUCCCUGGCUGCAGGCGACAGAGGAGGCUACCAGGCCGUCAAUCUCUGCCCCAAUUGCAAGACCGCCUACUACUUCCGCCCCUACAAGAUGGCUCCCCUGCAGGGCAGCUUCAUUGAGAUCGGCAGGGUCAGAGGAAGUGGAGGAGUACCAGCCAAGGAUUCCGAUAGGAAACCCAGCGAGGGCAGCAGCGAAGGCGACGGAAAUAUCGCAGGUACUGGUGGUGGCGAUGAGGAUUUCGGGAAUCGACUACGGGUGUCGUUCUGGGAGACUUUGAGAUCUUACGGCGGUGAACCUCCUGAGAAUUGGCCACCUCCACCAACACCACCCGGAAAUAACGGGAAUGGGCUGGCGGUGCACACUCCUCCAGGCCCGCCUUUUGCGCCUGGCGUCAAUGUCAUACGGGCCGCCGGUCCUGGUGGUUCUGGCGGCGGAGGUGGGAGCAGUGGUGGCGGCUCAUUUGGAGAGAAGGGUGGAUGGGGUGGAUCCAAUCUGGGAACAGAUUUACCCACGCCCAAGGAGAUCUGCAAGGGGCUCGAUAAGUUUGUUAUUGGUCAGGAACGAGCCAAAAAGGUGCUUUCAGUGGCUGUGUAUAACCACUACAAAAGGAUAUACCAUGCCUCUUUGCAAAAAGGGUCUGGAGGGGAAUCAGGCAACCCUGAACCUGAAAAUGAUGAUGAUUCAGUGGAGCUAGAGAAAAGCAAUGUCCUCUUGAUGGGUCCAACGGGCUCAGGGAAGACAUUACUUGCAAAAACACUGGCUCGCUUCGUGAAUGUGCCCUUUGUUAUUGCUGAUGCAACAACAUUGACACAGGCAGGUUAUGUUGGAGAGGAUGUGGAGUCAAUAUUGUACAAGUUACUUACGGUUGCUGAGUUCAAUGUGCAAGCUGCUCAACAAGGAAUAGUCUAUAUUGAUGAAGUCGAUAAGAUAACUAAGAAGGCUGAGAGCUUAAACAUUAGUAGAGAUGUAUCUGGUGAGGGUGUUCAGCAGGCAUUACUAAAAAUGCUUGAAGGAACUAUAGUGAAUGUUCCCGAGAAGGGAGCUCGCAAGCAUCCUCGUGGUGAUAACAUUCAGAUAGAUACGAAAGAUAUCCUUUUUAUAUGUGGUGGAGCUUUUAUUGAUUUAGAAAAGACAAUUUCAGAGAGACGACAAGAUUCUUCUAUUGGCUUUGGAGCACCAGUUCGUGCAAACAUGAGAACUGGUGGGUUAACUAAUGCUGUAGUUACGUCAUCCUUGCUGGAAACGGUUGAAAGUGGUGAUCUAAUUGCAUAUGGGCUAAUACCAGAAUUUAUUGGACGCUUUCCAAUUCUAGUUAGCUUGUCAGCGCUUAAUGAGGACCAACUUGUUCAGGUGCUGACAGAGCCCAAAAAUGCUCUUGGUAAACAGUACAAGAAAAUGUUUAUUAUGAACAAUGUCAAGCUGCAUUUUACAGAGAAUGCACUCAGACUGAUUGCAAAGAAAGCCAUGGCAAAGAACACUGGUGCAAGGGGUUUGAGGGCCAUAUUGGAAAACAUUCUAACCGAAGCCAUGUAUGAGAUACCAGAUGUGAAGACAGGAAAUGAAAGAGUAGAUGCAGUUAUGGUUGAUGAGGAAGCAGUUGGGACAGUGGAUACCCCUGGACAUGGAGCAAAAAUUCUUCGGGGAGAUGGAGCCCUGGAACGAUACCUUUCUGAAACCAAGUCAAAGGAUUCUGUGGGGACUGGUGACUUGGUGGAGGGAGAGUUGGAGGGAGAACAAGAGGUCUCCUCAAGAGCUAUGAGCAUGUAGGUAUUGUUGAGGAAUGUAAAAUUUCCUAUCUAGAUAUGUAUCUCAAUGGCAAUUUGGUGUAGUCAUCUCUUGUAAAACAGCAAGGCUUCUGUUCAAUGGAAGG